UGCUUAGUGUAAUCUAACUGUCAUUCAAGAUUUACGCAUUCAUUUCAGACAAAGCAGACUCUUUUGAAAUUCAAGUCUUUGGUUCAGAUUCUUUUUUCUUUCUUUUUUUUGAAGAAAAUCUCUAUGAAAGUUCCUUUUUUAAUUCCUUAACGAUAGUGAUUUUGGGUUAUGGAGAAAAGGAGUGAAAUGUUGUGAUUUUUGUUGAAGUGGGGGUUUGUUUUUCUCUUUUAAUAGUUUUAGAAAUGGGUUUGAUGGAGAUUUCAAUAAUGCUUCAUGUUGGAUUAGUUUUGUUCCUGCUUUGGACGCUUUCUCAAUUCAAUCUUUGCCAUCCAGUUGCUUAUUUCGUGUCUCUCAUCUACCUCUAUUUGGUUCAUGAAAGGUAUGUGGCGAGAUUGAGGAAGAAAUUGGAGUUCGAGGAAAAACGGCAACAAUUUAGGAGAAGGGUACUUUCGGAUUCCGAAUCUGUUCGGUGGCUAAACCAUGCUGUUGAAAAAAUAUGGCCUAUUUGUAUGGAACAGAUUGCAUCACAGAAGAUUCUGCUUCCCAUCAUACCUUGGUUCUUGGCUAAGUACAAACCUUGGACUGCUAAGAGAGCUGUGGUUCAGCAUUUAUAUUUGGGAAGAAAUCCACCUUUGAUCACGGAGGUGAGAGUUCUUCGUGAAUGCUCUGAUGAUGACCACUUGGUACUGGAGUUGGGAAUGAAUUUUCUCACUGCUGAUGACAUGAGUGCGAUUCUUGCUGUGAAACUACGGAAAAGACUGGGAUUUGGGAUGUGGGCAAAGUUGCAUGUAACAGGCAUGCAUGUUGAAGGAAAGGUUUUGGUUGGGGUGAAGUUUAUCCGGAAGUGGCCUUUCAUUGGUCGUCUGCGAGUAUGCUUUGCUGAGCCUCCAUAUUUCCAGAUGACUGUGAAACCUAUCUUUACGCAUGGACUUGAUGUUACGGAACUUCCAGGGAUUGCUGGAUGGCUUGACAAGCUUCUCUCGAUAGCAUUUGAGCAGACACUUGUUGAGCCCAAUAUGCUGGUUGUGGAUGUUGAGAAGUUUGCUUCACCCAUUCCAGAAAACUGGUUUUCUGUCGAUGAGAAGCAACCUAUUGCUCAUGCCAAGGUUGAAGUUAUUGAAGGAUCUGACAUGAAACCUUCAGAUUUAAAUGGAUUGGCUGAUCCAUAUGUGAAAGGGACACUUGGCCCAUAUAGAUUCAGGACUAAGACGCACAAGAAAACUUUGUCUCCGAAAUGGCACGAGGAAUUUAUGAUUCCCAUCUGCUCCUGGGAGGCACCUAACGUACUGAUUAUUGAAGUUCGUGACAAAGACCAUUUAUAUGAUGAUAGCCUUGGUAAGUGCUCGGUAAAUAUUACUGAACUUCGGGGUGGCCAGAGACAUGACAUGUGGUUGCCUCUUCAAAAUAUUAAAAUGGGAAGACUGCAUCUCGCAAUAACUGUUCUCGAAGAGAACGCUAAGUUUACGCAGGUAAGUGAUGCUGCUGCAGUUGAUGCUUUUGACGAGGAAGCCUUAAACACGGAAGAUAUACAAAACUCAUUUGCAAAUAUAGAUGUGAAUAAUGGUUUAUUCUCGCCUACAUCUUCAAAGAAAUCUCCAACCCUGCCGGAUCAUUUAGAACCGAUAGAUGUUGAAGGACAAGAAGAAACUGGGAUAUGGGUCCACCACCCCGGAAGUGAAGUGUCACAAACUUGGGAACCUAGGAAAGGGAAGGGUAGAAGCCUUGAGACACAGGUUCAUAAAGUGCCUAAUAGUUCAUUUGGCAGCACCAUCUCAGCUGCAUCUGGAUCCUCUAAAAGUGAUGACAGCAGCGCCGAGGAAAACCAUAAUCCUAAGAAUCGAGUCAACAGAGUUAAGCAGGGUUUACGGAAGAUCGGUUCUGUAUUUCAUAGGAGUCCCAAGAACGAGGGUCACUCAGGCAACCUCGGAGAAGUUCCAUCUCCCCAUGAAAACCUCCGAGCAGUUAAUGACAAGGAGAUUUUGGUGAAGUUUGUAGUCGAUGACAAUCUUUCGGCUGAUAAGGUCUCAAACGAAGGAAGCUCGAGUCCUGGAGCAGAAAGCCCUGGAAAGAUGAAAGACAUGGCGAAGAGUAUUCUAAAACAUGCCGAGAAAUCUGCUCGUAGCAUAAAACAUGUUCUUUCUCGUAAAGGGUCGAAAAAAUCACGCAAUCUAUCAUCUGUGGAAGAACAAGAGUUUCCAAUAGAAUCUGACGACUCCUCCGAUGAUGAUGAAUCUUUGUCAUCCCCCGGAGUCAAGGGAAUACCAAUUCUUUCGAAUCACAUGCCCGGCUCCAUCGGCAACGACGAUACUCAGGAGCAUGUCAUUUUGACAGAUUCAAACUACCAGUUGAACCCUGAAACAAAUGUUAAGGAACAAGUAGAGAAAACAAGCGUUGAAGGACACAACAGCAUAGAUGACGAAGAUGUGAACAAUCCCAUUAAGCUCGGUAAUGGAACGAGCAACAUAGAUGACGAAGAUGUGAACAAUCCCAUUAAGCUCAGUAAUGGAACGAAUGAACCACCCUUGAAACCAAAUCCUUCGGAGAGUGGGAAAAAGGUAGAAGACACUCCUCAAACAGAUACCAAAGUUUAGGUUCAGUGUUUGUAUGUGCAUCCAUAAUAGAAGACUUUGAAAGAGUUUUGAAGAACAGUGGGUAUGGUCCAGCAAUAUAGAGUUUUAGAUGGAUAAGCAAUACAUAAUACAUUUAUACGUGUUCCCUGUAAAAAUCUCCUUUGUUUGAUUUCUCAUAUUUGUUAUAUACAGCACAUCAUCUUUGUAGAGUUCCAAAAUGAAAACAGUUUGUACAACUUGAUGGUUUUUAAAACUUCUAUUCAAGUUAUUUUAUUUAUUUAUUUUAAUUUAAAAUUCAUAAUUUAAUUGUCAA